AUGGGCAGUAGUCAAGAAGUCUUUGUCGGCUCCAUCGACCAAGGAACCACCAGUUCGCGAUUCCUGAUCUUCAACAAGCGCGGUGAACCUGUUGCUUCGCAUCAACUUGAGUUUAAGCAAAUUUAUCCCCAUCCUGGCUGGCAUGAACAUGACCCUCUGGAGAUCGUUGCUUCAGUGGAGAAGUGUAUCGACGGCGCAGUCCAACAGUUUCAAGAUCAAGGCCAUAGUGUCAAUAGCAUCAAGGCCGUCGGCAUCACCAAUCAGCGCGAAACCACUGUCCUAUGGAACAAGGAGACCGGAGAGCCACUGUACAAUGCCAUCGUUUGGACCGACACACGCACACAGGCCCUGGUGCGAAAGCUCAAGCACCGCCUAGGUGCCGACAAGCUCACUGAUAUCUGCGGGCUCCCGCUUUCCACCUAUCCCUCAGUGGGCAAGCUGCUUUGGCUGCUUGAGAACGAACCAAAGGUUAAGGAUGCAUAUGAAAAGGGUGUUUUGGCCUUUGGCACAAUCGAUGCCUGGCUUGUGUAUAGACUCAAUGGAGGCCCGAAGAGAAACAUCUUCGUUUCGGACCCUUCGAACGCGUCCCGAACCAUGUUUAUGAACCUCAAAACCCUCGAGUACGAUGACUCGCUCCUCGACUUCUUUCGAAUUGAUACCUCCAAGAUCCACCUCCCCAAGAUUGUCCAUUCGUCCGACUCGUCGGCAUAUGGCUCUCUCACCUCCACCGUUCUCAAAGGUGUCCCAAUCACUGGCUGCCUAGGAGACCAGUCUGCCGCCCUAGUCGGUCAAAAAGGUUUCACACCAGGCCUCGGCAAAAACACAUAUGGAACGGGUAGUUUCAUUCUCUAUAACGUGGGCGACAAGCCUGUCAUUUCCACCCACGGCCUCCUGACCACGGUGGCAUUCGACUUCGGCGGCAACACGAAGCCCAUGUACGCGCUUGAAGGAUCCAUUGCGGUGGCCGGCUCAAGCGUCAAAUUCCUUGUUGAAAACUUCGGAUUCAUCGACAAGUCAUCCGAAAUCAGCCAACUUGCCGAGACGGUCGAGGACAACGGCGGCGUCACUUUCGUAACUGCGUUCAGCGGCCUCUUUGCGCCCUAUUGGAUCGACGACGCUCGCGGGACAAUCUUUGGUAUCACUGCGUACACUAAGCGAGGCCAUAUCGCCCGCGCGACGUUGGAAGCCACGUGCUUCCAGACCAAAGCCAUUCUGGUGGCCAUGGAAAAGGACUCGGGCCACAAACUGAGCGAACUGGCCGUCGACGGCGGCAUGUGCAACUCCGAUCUGUGCAUGCAGACACAGUCUGAUCUCAUUGGCAUCCCCGUCAAAAGACCCGCCAUGCGCGAGACCACGGCCCUGGGCGCGGCGAUCGCAGCUGGUCUGGCGGUCGGUGUGUGGGACAGUAUUGACGAGUUGAAGGAUGUCAACAUUGAGGGUUCGACGGUCUUCAAGCCGGCCAUCCGCAAGGAAGAGAGCGAUCAACAAUUUGCCCGGUGGGAAAAGGCCGUGGAGAUGAGCAAGGGCUGGGCGAACUGA